UAGCACCGCCCCUUGCCUCCCACUCCACCUCUCCAGGGCAGCAAAGGUUCUUUGGUCCGGUGGUGGCCUCAGCAGCCCGAGCCAUGGGGACCCCAGCCACCCGGGCUGCGUGCCAUGGUGCACACCUGGCGCUGGCUCUGUUGCUGCUGCUGUCGCUGUCGGGUCCCUGGCUGUCGGCGCUUGACCCCGGGACUCCGCCUCUCUUCAACGUCAGUCUGGACGCUGCCCCGGAGCAACGCUGGCUGCCGAUGCUGCGGCACUAUGACCCGGACUUCGUGCGCGCCGCGGUGGCGCAGGUCAUUGGCGACAGGGUUCCCCAGUGGGUCCUGGGGAUGAUCGGAGAAAUCGUGUGGAAGGUGGAGAGCUUCCUGCCUCAGCCCUUCACGGAUGAGAUCCGCGGCAUCUGUGACUCCCUCAACCUCAGCCUGGCCGACGGUAUCUUGGUCAACCUGGCCUACGAGGCUUCCGCAUUCUGCACCAGUAUUGUGGCCCAAGACUCCCAAGGCCGUAUUUACCAUGGCCGGAACCUGGACUAUACUUUCGGAAAUGCCUUACGAAAGCUGACGGCGGAUGUGCAGUUUAUAAAGAAUGGGCAGAUUGUGUUCAAGGGGACCACUUUCGUUGGCUAUGUAGGACUGUGGACAGGCCAAAGUCCACACAAGUUUACAAUUUCUGGUGAUGAACGAGAUAAAGGCUGGUGGUGGGAGAAUGUGAUCGCAGCGCUUUCUCUGGGACACUCCCCCAUCAGCUGGCUUAUCCGCAAAACCCUGAGUGAGGCAGAAAACUUUGAAGCAGCCGUUUACACCCUGGCCAAGACUCCCCUCAUUGCUGAUGUUUAUUAUAUCGUUGGGGGCACAUCGCCCAAGGAGGGAGUGGUCGUCACCAGGGACAGAGGUGGCCCCGCGGACAUUUGGCCUCUUGACCCUCUGAAUGGAGCGUGGUUCCGAGUCGAGACAAAUUAUGACCACUGGAAGCCUGCGCCCAAGAGGGACGACCGAAGAACACCAGCCAUCAGAGCCCUAAAUGCCACAGGGCAAGCUCGCCUCAGUGUGGAGACCCUCUUCCAGGUUUUAUCCGUGUUUCCUGUGUAUAACAACUACACAAUUUAUACUACAGUGAUGAGCGCUGCUGAACCGGACAAGUACAAGACCGUGAUCAGAAACCCGAGCUGAAGGUGAUUUGCUGUCACAAAGCUGCAUUUUGAAGUCUGAGACAGAAAGUAUUGUACCGUUUCCCCGAGCAACACCGGCUCCCUCCUGCUGGGGCUCUGCUGCCUUGUGUGUGUGUGUGGGGGGGGGGAAAUCUCUCACGCAGAGAGUAGCCUGCUGUCUUGAUCCUCCUGGCCUCCUGGUUCACUUGAGCUUCAUUAACAACCCACCCUGCCUUGAAGAACUCAGAUAACUGGUCUCAGAGGUCAGGCUGCAUCCGGCCAGUCACAAGUGUCCUGUGAUUCUGUGUUCACAUUCCUGCUUUUCCACUGAAGAGGGGACUGGGCAAGAUGGCCGUCAUGUGGAGGGAUGGCUUGUGGACAAGCCCAGGUCUCUCCUAAGGCUAGGGUGAGGCUCAGUGGCAGAGUUUGCACCUCUAAGUAAAUAAAUAAAUAAAUGAACAAAA